CGGACCGGGGAGGAAGAGGGGACAGCCCCGACUUCCAGCUGCUGUCGCCGCCGCCGUCACAGUUCGCAGAGGGGGAUUUAAAGACCGGAACCCGGCCAGGGCCGGGGAGGAGGCAGGAGUCAGGGGAGACGGGAGGCUGCGGUUGCAGACAGAGAACUAAGAUUCCAGAUGGCAAAUUCAUUGAAUGGCAGAAAUCCUGGUGGUCGAGGAGGAAACCCCCGAAAAGGACGAAUUUUGGGCAUUAUUGAUGCUAUUCAGGAUGCAGUUGGACCCCCUAAACAAGCAGCAGCAGAUCGAAGGACUGUGGAGAAAACUUGGAAACUCAUGGAUAAAGUGGUCAGACUGUGCCAAAACCCCAAACUUCAGUUGAAAAAUAGCCCACCGUAUAUCCUUGACAUUUUACCUGAUACAUAUCAGCACUUGCGACUUAUACUGAGUAAAUAUGAUGACAACCAGAAACUUGCCCAGCUCAGUGAAAAUGAAUAUUUUAAAAUCUAUAUUGAUAGUCUCAUGAAAAAGUCAAAACGGGCAAUAAGACUCUUUAAAGAAGGCAAAGAAAGGAUGUAUGAAGAGCAGUCGCAGGACAGAAGAAAUCUCACAAAGCUAUCCCUAAUCUUCAGUCACAUGCUGGCAGAAAUCAAAGCAAUCUUUCCCAAUGGCCAAUUCCAGGGAGAUAACUUUCGUAUCACAAAAGCAGAUGCUGCUGAAUUCUGGAGAAAGUUUUUUGGAGACAAAACAAUCGUACCAUGGAAAGUAUUCAGACAGUGCCUUCAUGAGGUCCACCAGAUUAGCUCUGGACUAGAAGCUAUGGCUCUAAAGUCAACAAUUGAUUUAACUUGUAAUGAUUAUAUUUCAGUUUUUGAAUUUGAUAUUUUCACCAGAUUAUUUCAGCCUUGGGGCUCUAUUUUACGGAAUUGGAAUUUCUUAGCUGUGACACAUCCAGGUUACAUGGCGUUUCUCACAUACGAUGAAGUUAAAGCACGACUACAGAAAUACAGCACCAAACCUGGGAGCUACAUAUUUCGAUUAAGCUGCACUAGAUUGGGACAAUGGGCCAUUGGCUAUGUGACAGGUGAUGGCAAUAUCUUGCAGACCAUACCACAUAAUAAGCCCUUAUUUCAAGCCUUGAUUGAUGGCAGCAGGGAAGGAUUCUAUCUGUAUCCUGAUGGGAGAAGCUAUAAUCCUGACUUAACAGGACUAUGUGAACCUACACCCCAUGAUCACAUAAAAGUAACUCAGGAACAAUAUGAAUUAUAUUGUGAAAUGGGUUCCACAUUUCAGCUCUGUAAAAUUUGUGCUGAGAAUGACAAAGAUGUCAAGAUUGAACCUUGUGGGCAUUUGAUGUGCACCUCUUGCCUUACAGCUUGGCAGGAAUCUGAUGGCCAAGGCUGCCCCUUCUGUCGCUGUGAAAUAAAAGGAACCGAGCCCAUAAUUGUGGACCCCUUUGAUCCUAGAGACGAAGGUUCUAGAUGCUGCAGCAUCAUCGACCCCUUUGGAAUGCCCAUGCUGGAUUUAGAUGAUGAUGAUGACCGAGAGGAGUCCUUGAUGAUGAAUCGGCUGGCAAAUGUCCGAAAGUGCACUGAAAGGCAGAAUUCCCCAGUCACCUCACCAGGGUCCUCGCCUCUGGCACAGAGAAGAAAGCCACAUCCCAACCCACUCCAGAUCCCACACCUCAGCCUGCCACCAGUGCCUCCACGCUUGGAUCUCAUUCACAAAGGCAUAGUUCGAUCUCCCUGUGGCAGUCCAACUGGUUCACCAAAGUCUUCUCCUUGCAUGGUGAGAAAACAAGAUAAACCACUCCCAGCACCACCUCCUCCCUUAAGAGAUCCACCUCCCCCUCCUCCUGAGAGUCCUCCACCAAUCCCUCCAGAAAAUAGACUGAGUCGUCCUUUGCAUCAUGUGGAAAGUGUGCCUUCUCGGGACCAGCCAAUGCCUCUUGAAGCCUGGUGUCCUCGAGAUGUGUUUGGAACUAAUCAGUCGGUGGGAUGUAGACUCCUAGGGGAGGGCUCUCCAAAGCCUGGAAUCACAGCAAGUUCCAAUGUAAACGGAAGGCACAGUAGAAUGGUCUCAGAACCUGUGCUUAUGCGGAAACAUAGACGCCAUGAUUUGCCUUUAGAAGGAGCCAAGGUCUUCUCCAAUGGUCACCUGGGAAAUGAAGAAUAUGAUGUCCCUCCCCGGCUUUCUCCUCCUCCUCCAGCUGCUGCCCUUCUUCCUAGUAUCAAGUGUGCUGGUCCAUUAGCAAAUUCCCUUUCAGAGAAAGCAAGAGAUCCAGGAGAGGAAGAUGAUGAUGAGUACAAGAUUCCUUCAUCUCAUCCUGUUCCCCUGAAUUCACAACCAUCUCAUUGUCCUAAUGUAAAGCCAUCUCUUAGGUCUUGUGACAAUGGUCAUUGUAUUUUGAAUGGAACACUUGGUACCGCUUCAGAAAUGAAGAAAUCCAACAUCCCUGAGUUAGGCAUAUAUUUAAAGGGAGAUGUUUUUGAGUCAGCCUCUGUUCCAGUGCCAUUACCACCUGCCAGGCCUCCAACUCGGGACAAUCCAAAGCAUGGUUCUUCACUCAACAGGACGCCCUCUGAUUAUGAUCUUCUCAUCCCUCCAUUAGAGGAAGACCAUCAGAACUCUAUAAGACUUCACAAGUACCAUCACCAUAUGCAAAAUGGUACAUCUUAUAAGGUGAAGAUGCUUUUGAUGUCCUCCCACCAUCCCUCCCACCUCCGCCACCUCCUGCGAGACACAGUCUCAUUGAACAUUCAAAACCUCCUGGCUCAGGCAGCCGACCAUCCUCAGGACAGGACCUUUUCCUUCUUCCUUCAGACCCCUUUUUUGAUCCAGCAAGUGGCCAAGUUCCAUUGCCUCCUGCCAGGAGAUUACCAGGUGAAAAUGGCAAGUCCAAUAGAACAUCACAAGACUAUGAUCAGCUUCCUUCAUGUUCAGAUGGUUCACAAGCACCAGCAAGACCUCCUAAACCACGACCUCGCAGGACUGCACCAGAAAUUCACCACAGAAAGCCCCAAGGGCCUGAGGCAGCAUUGGAAAAUGUUGAUGCGAAAAUUGCAAAACUCAUGGGAGAGGGUUAUGCCUUUGAAGAAGUAAAGAGAGCCUUAGAGAUAGCCCAGAAUAAUGUUGAAGUGGCCCGUAGCAUCCUCCGAGAAUUUGCCUUCCCCCCUCCAGUCUCUCCACGUCUAAAUCUAUAGCAGCCAGCCGAACUAUCAUCACCAAAAUGGAAGAGAAAAUGCUGAAUAUGCCAGAAGUGUGGAAAGGAGAAGAGUGAGACGGAAUUUAAGAGAGAAGAUGUCUCCACCUCGCCUCUUGUGGCAUGUUGAGAAGGGCCUGAGUGCUGCUUCCCUGAAGACAAGCGCUUGCUCAGGAUGUUGGCAGCUGGGCUUUCUUAUUUUUGCUAGCCAUACUUUUAAAUCAGGGUUGAACUGACAAAAAUAAUUUAAAGACGUUUACUUCCCUUGAACUUUAAAUCUGUGAAAUGCUUUUCCUUGUUUACAAGUGGCAGGUUUUGUUUCAAGUUUUUUUUUUUUUUUUUUUUUUUGAUCCCUGUACUGUGUUCUUGAUGGACCCUUUGUAGAGUGGUCAGGUCUGCUGUAACAUUUCCCACCAACUUCCUUGCUGUCCACAUCAGUAACUAUGACGUAUGUUCAUUUUGAUCUCACCUAUGACAUCCCCAACAGUGGCCAGGUCCUAUCCCAUUUCUCUUAGUUUUUAAAAUGCUUUAAACAUAUCAGACUAAUGGAAACAAAAAGAAAAGAAAAGUGUGGCCUUCACUACUGAGUCUUUCUUCUUUAGAAACCAUUGCUGUGGAGAGAUGGAGGAAAAUCUGAAUGUAUAAAACUUUUUUUUUUUUUUUUUUUUUUUUUUGGCUAACGAACUGUCUCUCAUAAGGAGUUUUCAUAUAAUACAGAGGAGCUUUCUUUUUUUUAGUGUAAGUUUUGUGAGCUUUAAUUUUCCAUAUUCUCAUCCCAGGGGUGUCACGUCUCUGUAAAACCUUAAAAUAUUAGAAAGCAACUACUGCAGAUAUGGGAGAAAUAUACUUGCACACAACAAUACUGUAUUAAAGUUACAUAAUAAGGUUUCUGAUAUUUAUUGCCUGCAUUACUUUGAGGCAUGUUGUUGAAUAAGAGAACCAUCUCCCAGAAAUAAAUUACUUUUGGAUAAAAUUAUGGUCAUACCCUUCCAAAAGUGGAACAGAGUUUAUUUCCUAUUUGAAUUAUUAUACUCUGGUACCUAACAGGCUUAGGAACCAGCUCAUAUUGCAGUGGAAACAUUAAAUCUUUGAUGCACUGUUAAGUGCUAAUGCUACUGUGGCAGUGUUUUCUGCAAAGUUCUUAGUAAUUUUCUUUCUGCAGUCAAAUCAGAGUUCAUAUGUGAUUUGUGGAUCUACUCUUUCAUUGCUCCACCCAGUCAAAUAAAAUAAAUUAUAUAGUUUGCCCAGUUUUUUUUUCUUCAAAAUGGAGACUGAUUCUUCAGAAACUGUUACCGAUAUUAAUUUACAAUAUUUACUGAGCAUCUAUUAUGUGCUCAUCAUUGCUAGGCACUGUGUUUCAAAGCACAAACUAUUGCUAAUUAUCUCCAAUAUAUAUAUAUAUAUAUAUAUAUAUUUUUUUUUUUUUUUUUUUACCCAGCAUUUUCUUGCCAAAUCCUGAAAGAUUUCCACAAGAAAGUCAGAAUUUUGGGGCAUUUUUUUUCAUACCUCCUAAUGAGAAAUUAGUGGGAAAAUGAGACAUAAGCUAGUCUGUAAAAUUCUUCAACCAUAGAAGUUUUCUAUAUGUAGGCCUAUGGGUUUGUACACAUUGCUGGCACUUCAUUCAUAAUUUCAAGUAUAGUGCAUGUAAAAAGAUGUCUCUCUUCAGGAAUUCAAAGGACAUGACCAGACAUCUAACAGAGCCAAGACUCAGCUUAUGGCCAGGCUGACCUGAAAAGCACAUAGACAUGUUUUUUUGUUUGUUUGUUUUGCAUAGUGGCAUUUCCUUUCCUGACAUAAUAGGAGUACAUGAGUCACAGGACUUGAAGAGUUUGUGUUCCUAUGUCAUUGAUAGUUUUUCAAGGUGAUUCUAAGCUGGUUGGUGUCCCUAGAGUGGAUUUUUUAAAGUUGCCUUAGAGAGUCUUAUGAGUAGCUAUGCAGUUUUGUUCUUUUUUCUUUUUUUUUUUUAGUUUUAAAAAUGCAUCAUCUAAUUCUCCAUUGCUUCAUGAAUGCAUGCUAUCUCAUGAUUUACCCUUGUUUAUGUCACAUUGGAAUAGCACUGUAUAUUUUGUUUUUGUAUGAUUUGAUGAUCAUAUGUUCAGUCCAAAAACCAAAAGUUGCCCCUUCAUUUGUGAUAACGUUGCUCUAAAAUUAGGGAAUGAUGUGAAAUACGAAUCCUGUAACAUAAUAUAUUCUCACGAAAAUUUUUGCUGAGAAUUAAAAAAGAUAACAGUAAACUUAAAAAUCUUACUUUGCAAAGAAUAUUUGCUAGCCUCCUCCAAAUGCUGCACAUUAUACUUAACAGCAGUCAUUACUUUUGUUAUAAAAGACUGAAUCUAAGAUUUGUAUAGAAUGGAAUGGAAAGAGGGAAAUUUUCUAUCAAACACUCAUGAAAGACCCAUUGCUACCUAUGACCUAACAAACACAGACAUUUUUGAGGAAAUAAAUUGAAAUAUAUAUAUAUUUAUAUUAAAAAAUAAUACCUAUUAAUUAUUAGAAAUACCCAGACAUGAUUCCACUGUGAUCCAUAAAGAAACAUUCCUUCCAUUUCUUGAGACUUGGUGAUAUGAUUAUUUUUAACCUGGCAUACCACAGAAUUCAAAUCUAUUCAGAUCACAGCCAGUGUUAACCUAUAUUGUUCCUAGCUCCUAUCAUAUUUUGGGGAUAGAAGUACUUAUCCUCACUGAUGGCUAAUAAAUUAAUCUCCAUAGUCUUUUUCCUUUUACUUUAUAUAAUAUCCUGGCCAAUUUUUCUAGAAUUGAAUCGGAAUAGUACUUGUGGUUAAUCUGAUCACCCUUCCACAAAGAUCCUAUUUAACCCUUCCCUACCUGCUGUCCCUUCCCACAUUACAAAUAGUCUCAGUAGUAGAGCCCAAGUAAACUUCAAAGGCCCAGGACCCACUUAUUAAUAUUUCACACAUAAGAACACUUGCAAAAAUUCUUCAUAAUGUGAACUUUUUUAAAUUCUUGGUUCCAGAAACAUUUCCUACAGUUUGGACAUUAUUUUUCCUCUCUUAUUUUCAACUUGAAGCUUUAAUUUGCACUGAACUAUCUAACCUAGUUCAAUUUUUACUUUUUAUUUUCCUUAAUGGAACAUAUUUGAAACAAGCUGCAGUAUGUUUUCAACAAUACAGGUACUGCCUACUGACCUGUAAUUUUAGUGCUUCUAGGAAAAGUUUCCAGAAAAGAAAGAGUGAAGGGUUUUCUUCUCAAUUACUAUUUUAUUUUAAUGCCUUUUUUAAACCUGUCUAAUGUGGCAAAGUAGUUAUGUGUUUAAUUAAUUUAUAUUCAUUCUUUUUCAAUUCUGGUUAUUAUAUAAACUCAAGUAUGUUAUCUGUUCUUUUAAGGUAUUUUAUAAAAUGGAUGUUAACAAAAUCAGACUUGGUAUUUUAUUUUUACAAAUGAAUAUGGAUUAUUUCUGAG